UCAUUUAUUUAAAACUUUAAGUUAGCAAUAUUCCUUUUUAAAUGGCUCUGAGUAGCCGUGUGGUGAUAAAAUGUCUUGGAUUUACUAAAAAUAUAUGGGCACCCCCUUUUUGCCGUGCACUGCUCAGUAAAGGGAAUAUUCCCAACUUGUAUACAACUACGCGACAGAUAUCUAAAUCUUUGAGUGAAAUGCGAGAAUUGGCAGCUCGGAUUUGCCGAGAUUACUUAACGGGUGCUUGGAAAACUGUCUCAGCGGAAGAAAUCAAGUUAAAACGCAUAAGUGGUGGCCUUUCAAAUUAUUUGUACUAUGUCAGUUUACCCGAUAGUACAAGAACGUCGUCCAGAUCUUCAUCAGUUUCAUCAACAUCGUCAAUUACAUCUGAACCAAUAGAUUUGGUGCCUAGGAGAGCGCGAAAAAAUAGUCCAGUUGAUUUUCUACGUAACGGAAAUCUCUAUGAGCCUCGUGAAGUCUUACUACGCAUAUAUGGACAUACACAUGGAGAACAGGCUCUAGAGACUAUGUUGACGGAAACUGUAGUAUUUGCUCUUCUUAGUGAAAGAAAAUUAGGUCCAAAGUUGCAUGGAAUCUUUCCAGGUGGACGCAUAGAACAAUAUAUUCCGGCCAGAGCCUUGAGAACAUUCGAGUUAUCCAAUCCACGAAUAUCUACGAAGAUUGCUGAAAAGACAGCAGAGAUUCACAGUUUAGACAUUCCUGUUUCCAAGGAGCCUGAUUGGUUAUGGUGUACCAUGGAGAGGUGGCUUAAAACGGUCGAGUCUGUUCUCAGCAAAUUCCAAGCUACUAACGACGAUGAGGCUCUGCAAUUGGAAAAGUUGCGUCAAAUCAAUUUUCGCCAAGAAAUGAAGUGGUUUCAAGAAAUUGUGAAAGGAUCACAGGAAUUUCCAGUAGUUUUCUCACAUAAUGAUCUGCAAGAGGGCAAUAUACUCUUCAAGGAUUAUGAAUCGAUUGAUCAUAGAAUAAGCGAUGAACAGGAUUUACAUCAAAUCUCUGGUGAUGGUUUAAAUGCGAAUUUUAGUUCAAUUAUCCUCGCAGCACCCCAACAAGGAUCAUCAAGAAAUGAUGUUCACAUUGAAGACAAUGGGAAUAUAUCGUCUCAUACAGCUCGCAAAAUAACUGUAAAUAACAUGGAAAAGACGAUUGCAGGGGAAUUAGAUGACACAUGUGAUUCCGUAUUAAGUGGAAAUUCACAGUUAUUCUCAGAUAGCAGAGACGGAUAUGAUCCGGAACUUAUUAUAAUUGACUUCGAGUACUGCUCUUACAACUAUCGUGGCUUCGAUUUUGCUAACCAUUUUAUCGAAUGGACAUUUGAUUACAUAUCGAAUGAAAAUUAUCCAUUUUACACACAUAAGCCAGAGCAAUUCCCAAAUAAAAAUCAAAAGUUCAGUAUCUUGGCCAAUGCAGACGUGCUCCUAUCAGCUAUGAUUAUAUUGCUACAAAAUGCCUUCUUAUUAUUCCGGGUGCAAAACUAAAAUUAUUCGUCAGGCUAGUGAUAGUGUUAAAUGCAAUGUGUGUGAUAACGUAUAUCAUGCGCUAUGACAAAGAAUGGACAAAAGUGCAUUUGAGAAUUAUAUAAAUUCUUCACCCGCGCAGAAAAGUCUAUGGAGCUGCCUAUCGUGCAGGGGGAGGGUUAUGAGUGUGAAAGAGAAGAAUCCAGUUACAGUUGCAGAAUCAACUAAUGAAUCUAUGGGCUCUGAAUUUGCUGAGUUGAAAAAAUUUCUGGAAAACCGCUUUGAUCAAGUUGAGGCAUCCAUUCUUGAGGUGAAAAUUCUUGAUGUAGCGCAAUUAAAAGAUAAAGUAUCUAAUAUCAACCACUCGGAUUUGAAUGCGAUUGAGAUCCAUGGACUUCAGAGGUUGCCCUACGUUAAUGAUAUGAUAACAAAUUUGAAUUUGCUGAACGCAUCUUGGAAGAAGUUCUAAAAAUUAGUAUUGAUGAGCGUGAUUUGGGUGAUUUGGAUGAUGUUAUCAAGAAGAAAAACGCUAUCAACAAAACUGGAUUAAAUUUGAACAGCACAAAAAAAUCCAACUCUGUAUAGAAAACAGGAUGUGAUUUUUUGGUUGUGCGCUUUGUAUCACGAAGAUUAAGAGAGACAGCAAUGUAGAGUUGGAGAGAUGUGUGGAGAUCUGAGAAAACCACAUUCGAUGUGAUGGAAUAAACUGGUCUUCCGAUUAGAAUGAAUGAGAGAUUGCGCAGAUCAACGAGGAAUCUAUUAUACCAGGCGAAAGCAGUGGCAAAAGAUAUAGGCUGGAAGUAUAUCUGGGUGAAAAAGGCAAAGAUCUUUUUGAGAAAAGAGAAAACGAUGAGGUAUUAAUUGUUAAUUCUUUGGAGGACAUCGAAAACUACAAGGGGCGCGUGCAGUGAUUUUUUUGUCAUAUUUCGUUAGAUUGGCUUAACUCAGUGAUGGCAAAACGUUCACAUUCGUCACCAGCCAUUACUUACUGCAUCUCUUUUUAUGUAAUAUGAAUUAAUAUGUAAUAAUAAAUAAUAAUAAAAUUAUAAUUGCGGCACUGAGUUGAAAAAAAAUCUUGCUUCAA